UGAAAGGAUUUGUACACUUUUUAAAUUUUAAAGUUAUGCACCAUUGGCAACAUAGUAGGGUAGGAACGACUUUGGAUCUGCAAUUAUUAGUUGGUUUGCUUCAUUAAUACAUUUGGUUGGUCAGUUACCGUUGGUUAGAUGUUAAUUGAGCUCAGAAUAUACGCACAUCUCUUCAGCGGAUUAACUCCAACGGAAAUUCCAGUCAACGGAUCGAGUUGCUCAUUACAGUUGUGAUACAGUUGAAAUCAUAUCCCUUUUCCAGGUGUAUACUAAGAGAUCGUCUUACGUAAAAGCUUAAUUUUGAGCAAGCGAGUAAUGGCACAAACUAUUGAAUCAACUGUUCAAGCUAAUACCUCGGAAAUAUUGAGAAAAAAUAAAGGUAGAAAGAGUUCAAAAGUAAACAACAGCGAUAUAGGCCCUAUCCUGGAGACCUUAGGAGACGAUAUAACAAUAGCAUCGGAAAUAGAAAACGUGAAUAAAAAAAGAAACGGCCUAGUGACUGGAGCAAAAAAGAUACCAUUUAUGGAUAACCGCGGUGAUAUUUCGACCAAUUUCCCUGACAGACAGUUUACUCCAAACGUAUAUGUUGAAAAUCGAAGUGGCUUUCGAUCUCAUCCACUUAAGGAUUAUGAGAAAAAUAUGCCUAUGAAACGAAAUGAAGAAUCUACAACCAAAAGAAGACUAAAUGACAAACAAGAACUGAUGUAUACGCAUAACAAUCCAGGAUUACACUUUGUUAUCAGCAUACACGAAACACUACAAAUUUUGACAUUUACGUUAUUUGGCUUAUUGGCUGGUGCAAGUUUAGUGCAUACACUAUUCGUACAAUCAUUAAUCAACCCAAGACAGAUUAAAAGCGAUGGUUCUUGGAAUUAUAAUUAUGGAGAUGGUUAUUUACCAUUAUUGAAAUAUUAUGGAGUUUAUGCACGUCCAAUCUCUAUUACAUUUUAUACAUCAUUAGUUUUGAUAGGUGUUUUUGUAUUCGGAAAAUUCGAUUUAGGAAGACCAACAACGAAUUGUAUUCAGAAAUGUGUUAAACUUCAGAAUGGACUAAUGGCUAUCAUAUUUUAUAUGGUCGCUUUCGUAAUACACAAUUCGAUGGGUUGGUUUGAUUAUAUAUUUCAUGUGAAUAGUUAUAAAUCUGAAGAUGAAAUAAGAUACCUAUUGAGUACACAAAUUGAUUUAAAUAAUUUACUUAAAAUAUGGCAAAUACUUGAUGCUUGUCGUACAGCAUUCAUAUUAAUAACAUGGAUAUCAGUUGCAUUAGGUGAUUCGAUUCAUGACAGGUUAACUACAACGUUGAAUAUUAAUCCUAUGAAAAUCGGAGAUGGUAUUGGAAACAAUACCCGGCCGAAUUAAACAUUACUAUACAUAUAAAAAAUGAUAUUUGUAAUCCCUCUUAUUCAUAGCUGCUAAAGGGAAUUUGUAAUUUGAGAAAUAUGCAAUAAUAAUUGGAUGUCUAUUUUUAAAGCUUCAAGGUCCAACUGUUCUCCACAUGACUCUUAUUCUUCAAAAAUAAAUUAAAUUAUUAAACCCAGUCUAUGAUGCAGAUAAAUCGACUGAUAUAUAAUAAGUUGCGACAUGUAGAUUCAUGUAAUAACCGAACCUAAUUAACCGCUAUAUAUAUAAGUUUUAGAAAUGCUAGAAAAGUAGGAGUAUUGAGUGUUUUUUACAGUCGGUAUGCUAAAUGUAAUUUCAAUUGCGAAUUGAUACUUUUUGGAAAGUCAUUAAAAAUCAGUACACACUGAACCAUCACAACUGUUAUAAACAAUUUAGGACUCAUCAGGAGUGAACAGUGGCAACCUCACCAAGGACAUUCAGUAUUCAGCUGGAAUCCAACAGUUCACACUUCCCCAUAUGUUUUGUGGGAUUUUCUUUGAGAUGAAUGAUUAUGAGGAUAAAACAUGUUCAGCAGUGCUAUUGUUCGACACUGGACAUAAAAUAAUGUUUUAGAAGUCCUGCAAGAUAAUCAGCAUUUUCGAAAAAUCAUCUUUUCUUGCUCCUUCCAGUUUUCUCUCCUCUUAAUCCAUUAUUUU